CUAAUCAAAAUUUCUUGAUUUUUUAUAGAUGGAUCAUGAAGAUGCUGGUUUGUAUACGUUGGAUGAAGCCCUUGAAACUCUGGGGUUCGGCAGAUUCCAGGUCUUCGUUCUUGCAUACGCCGGGUUCGGUUGGUUUGCAGAAGCCAUGGAGAUCAUGAUCCUUUCAUUCAUAGGACAGACAGUUAAAUCAGAGUGGCAACUCUCCACAAAUCACGAGAGCAUGUUGAGUUCCAUUGUUUUCGCCGGAAUGCUCGUCGGAGCCUAUUCGUGGGGCAUUUUAUCCGAUAACUACGGAAGGAGGAAAGGUUUUCUUGCUAUAGCAAUGGUAACUAGUGCAGCUGGAUUAUUGAGUGCAUUCUCUCCAAACUAUUUAUCACUUGUUAUUCUUCGAGGGUUCGUUGGUUUUGGCCUUGGUGGCUCAUCUGUGUUCUUGUCCUGGUUCCUGGAGUUUGUUCCACCUUCUAGCAGAGGCAUGUGGAUGGUUGUGUUCUCAACUUUCUGGACAUUUGGAUCCAUCUUUGAGGCUACUCUCGCAUGGAUUGUCAUGCCCAGAUUGAACUGGAGAUGGGUGCUUGCAUUUUCAGCAGUGCCUUCUUUCGUUCUUCUUUUUCUGUAUGGGGUUGCACCAGAGUCUCCUAGAUACCUAUGCAUGAAAGGCAGGACAGCCGAUGCAUUUGAAAUCCUAGAGAAGAUAGCUUCGGUGAACCGAGCAAAGCUUCCUGCUGGUAGCCUUGCUUCUAGUAAGGUUGAAGAGUCUGCUCCAUCAGAUGAAAGCAGCCCAUUGCUCCCCUCACUGAGUACAAGCAGCACACAAUCAAAACUAGGGUUAUCAUCUUUUUUUAUGCUUUUCUCACCAAAAUUGAUUAGAACAACGCUGCUCCUGUGGGUGCUGUUGUUUGGUGAUUCGUUUUCGUAUUAUGGUAUCAUAUUGAUUACAUCAAAGCUGAGUAGUAGAGAAAGUGGAUGUUUCUCGACCAUUCAAAGCAGUGGAGAUCACCAGGAUUAUAGCCUCUUUGCCAAUGCAUUCAUCACUAGUGUGGCAGAGCUGCCCGGACUCUUUCUGUCAGCAACAUUGGUCGAUCGAGUCGGCCGGAAGAAGUCCAUGACAUGUCUGUUCAUCUUGGCCUUUCUUUUCCUCCUUCCACUACUAACCCAUCAGUCAGCACUUUUAACCACUUGCUUAUUAUUCGGAGCUCGCAUGAACGCCAUGGGAACAUUCACCGUUGCCUCUAUAUAUGCCCCUGAGCUAUAUCCGACCUCGGUUCGAACAACGGGCGCAGGAGUCGCGAGUGCGGUCGGAAGAAUCGGCGGGAUGGUAUGUCCUCUUGUUGCGGUGGGAUUGGUGAAUGCGUGCCAUCAAACAGCAGCUAUUGGUCUGUUUUUGGCUGCUAUUGUUGUUUCAGUGAUUGUUAUUCAACUCUUCCCAUAUGAUACAAAGGGGAGGGAACUUAGUGAUACUACUAGUUGA